AAUGCCAGGAGUAUACUCACAUCUCUAGCAUCUAACUUUAUGAGCAGAGGCUUCAUUACUACAGGAACAGCGGCAGGUUCUUCCCAAAUCGUCUCCCUGAACGUCACAAACCUCCUGGUUCUCUUGCUAGUGAAAGCGCUUAUUUUUGCAGCUGGUUCAAUCGGUGCUGGUGGAUUUAAAGGUGGAGAGUACGCCAGGACUGUGGAGGAGGAGAAAUUUUUGACUGAUGAUGAGAUAUUGAUGUAUCUAAGUUUCCUGACAGGUUCCUCUGGUUGCCUACAAAACAUCGCUUGUCAGCAACCAUUGAAGGCGAAAAAGUAUGCAGCGGCUGGAGACCUCCUCUUGAAGCUUUCAAAGAUGUUUUCUUUGACCAGGGAUCUCGAAUACGAUAUGGUAGUGCAGGAGCUUGAACAAGCCUCUAACGUGGGCCUGGCAGGAGGUUCGUGCAGCAAUUUUGAGUGUGUAACAAGGACUUUCUAGAAGU